CUGCGCCGCUGGAACACAAACAAAACAGAGACGAGGAGAUUCAAAGUAGCCCCUGUAACGGUGUGCUCUUCUUCGCCCUUCGCCUCGGUAAACGCCUCACGAAGCCAACAUGACGCUUCAUAUGACAUUCCAGGAAAUAUGCACUCGACAAGAGAUUGGUUUUGUGUGUGAUAAUGAGUCCAUGGCGCCCCUGACCAGGCGAGAGUCCUUCAACGACCUGGUCAUCAAGUUGGCGUCCAAGUGCGAGAUGAACAUUGUCUUCCUCACGGGAGCAAGGAACAAAGUGUUACACUUCACCCUCGAUGUCGUGCCCGAGGACCCCGUCCACGGCACGGCGGUGACAGUGACUAAAAGCAAAGGGCGCAGAGGCAGCGAGUAUCCUAAAGGAUACGAGGCUGUGGCUGCGGCCUGUCAGCAGGUGGUGGCCAAUGGCUAUCACGGCCUGCAUGCCAUUGCAAAGCUGGACAAGUCUAAUAUGCCAGACAAUGCAAGCAGAAAGAUGUAUACGUUUGCCCAGUUUGUCAAUUUCCUUGUUCACGGAAUCGAAGCUUAUUUCAUGUUUGCUAAAGCUAAUGAGCAGUUUGUGUUGAAUGCCAUGAAUCUGUGGGAGACAAUGGAGGACCUCAUGAUGGACGGAUGCUACAUUGUGAUGGCUUGGCAGUAUGAGGAAGAUCCCAGGAAAGUUUCAGACGAUGUCCCAAGGACACCGUUGUCAUCAUUCAUCAACAACAUAAAAGAGCCAGAGCCGUUGCCAGUUGCCGAGCCAGUUCAGCCAGUAGUCGUAAAGGAGACCAAGAAGCAAGUCACCACCACGACCAUAAGGAGCAGCAGGGCUGAUGCUGUUGGCUGCAUGAGUGCUCGAACUCUCCUUGGUGAGGGAGGCCUGAUUUAUCAUCAUCAACCAAUAGUAAUCACAACUACAAAAGGAGGGAAACGAGGGAGGCGGAGCAUUGCAGCUCGCAUUCAGGAGGCCAGUGAAGCAAGCACUGAUGAAGAGGACACAGAAAUAUCUUUUAAGAUUAAACCAGAUAUUAAUAAAACACCAGAAAUCCAAUAUCACCCAGACAUCACUAUUAACAGUGCAGAGUCUGUUUUGGAAAAAACUUCACCCAGACGAGAACAAAAACAAUCACCAAAGAGGCCAGUUUCUGAAAGGCUGAAUAUAUCUCCUAAAAAGUCAAAAUCAAUGGAGGUUGAAGAACCUGCAGCAACCAUAAGUAAAGAAGACACUAUGCUAGAGGACUUCACCUUUGGUUUUGACAAACCUGAGGUCAAGAGCACAGCACGGAAGAGCACAGCACGGAAGAGCACAGCACGGAAGAGCAUGGUCCCAGAUUGGCCAGAAGAGCAGAAAGAGGAUAUCCUGUACUUCUUUGAUAAUCUUAACCCAUCACAGACAGAGCAGUCACGUAUUGCUCUAACAUGCAAAUAUGUUUCCAUGAAGUAUUCAAGAGAAUUCUCCUCCAAGACAUUGUAUCAGUGGGUUCAGAAGAAGGGCCGUUCAGUCAGUACAGAAGUAACCAAUUAUGAAUUACCAGAAAGCAAACACCAGGAAACAACACUGACUUUCUUCCGAUCAUUGGAUCCCAAUCUCUCAGAAGCUAGUCGUAUUUCCUUUACCUGCAAGUUCAUGCAGACCCAGUAUGGUGUCAGUGUCACCUCGAAGAACCUGUAUGACUGGCUUAAUGAUAAGGGGAAGAAGUCAACCAGGCGACGAUAAUGAGCUUUAGUACGAGUGAUUGUGGAUACCUUGUUUCAGUUUUAUUUUUAACAAAACGUUUUUGUGUUGCACAGCUUUGGACUUUUUAAUUUUUUCAUUUGCUGCUUCUUUAACAACUGUUUAUAGCAGAAUAUUUCCCGCUUUUGUGUUUAAAAUAGUGUGGAUGAUACUUAAUGUAAUUUGAUAUUUUGAGUUCUCAAGUUUUGAAAAUUUUUACCACCAUUUUUAAAGAUAAUUUCAUAUGAUUUUUCAGGGAAACUUUUUAUGUUUUACAGAUGAACAUUGGGAUAUUUGUAUACAAUAUUCAUAAUACCUGCUUAACCUCUUCCCAAUGGGUCAUGCAAUAGGCGUCAAAAUUAACAGCUCGAUCUGUGGUGUGCGGCGGCGCCAAAGCGCUACGAGCCGGUGAUUCGGCUUGAUGUACCGAACUCCUGCGCUCAAAGUUGGUGCAUUGCCAUUGAUUGCCAGAGUGUAGAGUUUUUUUGUUUUUUUUUUAGUUUUCUUCACCCGUCACCAAGGGGUUAAUUAUAUGUUGGUACAAAUAUUUAGUAUGCAUAUAUUGUAGAUGACAUGGGUGUUUUCUGUGUAAAAUGACCAAUAUGGUUAUCAAAGUUAGAUAUGACAUAUGCUGAAUAGUGAUUGGAAAGCUCACAUACAAGCUAUUUCUAGGAAUUGGAGUACAUAUGAUUAUAAAAUAUGAAGGUAUUGAAGAGGUCAUGUAAGUUUGUAUGUAAAGUUAGAUAAAUACAGAAAAAAACACAAAUCACAAAUUGAAUUUUUAUAGAUUUCUGAGUACUGUUAUCAAUAAAAUAUUUACAAA